AUGAUCCUCCUUCCACUCCUCAUUUCACUCUUUUCGCUCCUGGGCGUCGCAUUUGGCCAUGCCGUUGUGACAAGGCCUCCACCGCGUGCCGUGAGUCGAGACUACCCCAUCACCCGGCUUCGUAUCACAGCCUCGAUCCUGCUCGAUCGCACAAACGUCGCCAAGAUUCAUGUAGAUCCGCUAACGCGCGACUUCCGUGUCAGGUCGGACCAGCUACGCGUGCCGCGUGUGGCGCAGGGGUCUACGCUGUCCUCUCCUCCGUGCCCAGAACGCUUAUCGGACUUGUCCGUCUGGCUCGCACGGCCUGGGCGUUUAGAUAAUACCGCUCCUAUUGAAUAUGCUACACCGAGGAUCGAUUUGGGCUACAACGCGACUGCCUGCCCGAUCUCGUUCUGCCGGGGUUUGAACUUCGAAGACAACAGAAACAACGUCCAGACGUUCACCGCAGGUCAGACGAUCCCAUUCCAAGUCAGUAUCCGAGUGCGCCACAAUGGAUUUGCGAACGUGUCUGUGGUUGACACCCAAACGCGGACCACGAUUGGUGCGCCUCUUUUUACGUGGCCCCUGUACACCGAUACCACGCUCCAGCCGUCUCAAUACCCCAAGAACGAGACCGACUUCAGCGUUACCCUUCCCGACCUUGGCACACGCUGCACUGCAACCGGAGCAUGCGCGAUUCAAUGGUGGUGGAUUGGUUCGAACCAGCAGACGUACAUGAGUUGUGUUGACUUCGUAACGGUGUAG